AUGGGCGACCCCCUCGUCGAUCAGGCCUUCCGCGAUGGCCGCGUGCCAGAGGGCAUCACCAAGGACUUUCUCAAUGAAAGCCGUGACGGUUCUGCCAUUGCCGCCAUCGCCUUCAUCUUCGCUGCCUCUUCCAUCAUUGUCAUCAUCCGUCUCCUAUCGAGAGGCUUCAUGGUCAAACUCUUAGGCUUCGACGACGCCCUGGCUGCUUUAUCUCUCUUACUAUACGCCCCUUUUGUCGGCCUCUGCAUCAAGCUCAUCCAGAUCGGCUCCGGACGGCACUACGAAUAUAUUCAGCAUGUCAUGACCAUGCCCGUUGUCGAGCAGUCCGAGGUACUCGACUUCGUUGCCCAUCUCAUCUACACAACGUCCCUCCUAGUCUGUCGCAUUUCAGGCCUGGCAUUCUACCACCGUCUUUGCAGCCAGCAUAACAGGUUCAUGAUCGCCAUUCGCGUCACCGCCGGCGUUCUUGUCGCGGGCUACCUGCCCCAGAUGUGCCUCAUCAUCUUUCACUGCCUGCCCGUAACGGCCCUGUGGCCCUACGACUGGCAGCCGGGCGUCGAAAAAUAUUCAUGUCUUGCCUGGGGCAUUGUGUACAGUGUCAACUCGGUCAUCUCGCUGUUUUGCGACUUUCUGUUAUUUGGCAUCCCCAUCGCCAUGCUCAGGAUGUUGCGUAUGCAACGCAAGCAGAAGAUCCAGCUGGCCUGUAUCUUGCUGCCUGGUAUUCUUGUCAUCGCCAUUUCCAGUGCCCGCCUCGCCCUUGUCAUCCAAGGCCAGUGGGAGCCCGAUAUGUCGUGGGCCUACAACCCGAUGCUCAUUGUUGAGGUUGCAGAGAUCGGCGCCACCCUCAUCGCGCUCUCCAUUCCCGGCAUCAAGCCUGUCUUUGAUCGCUUCAUCCUGCGCAAGGACAUCAGCGGGUCGACCGACCGUGCUUACUACCAAAACGAGAGCGGCAACAGUGGAGGCGGCUCUAGAGGUCAGCGUGACACGAAGCUUCGUUCGCUGAGGAAUACACACACGGGGCUUGACAGUCAGGAGAACAUCAACGGUCCCGUCAGCAACGUUGAGAGGAUGCAUAAGGACGAUAUCAGCUUGUCAAGUGGGGAUGGCAUCGUGGUCAGGACCGAGUUUGAACUCGCUGUGAGGCAGGAUGUUGACGGUAGGGAAAAGGGAGCCAGGGUUCGCGAGUCGGUACUGUAA